GUCAUUUUUAAAGCUGACCACAGUGAAGAUUUGGGAAUUACAGAGUUUCCUGCUGAGCUUCAGUUCCUGCAACAAACAAUAGAACGACUCAGUUCAGCUGAGAGGACACGAUGAAGAGUCUGGUGUUUCUGCUGCUGGCGGCGGUUCUGGUCGAGGGAAAAGUCUUCGAGCGGUGCGCCUGGGCGCGGACGAUGAAGAGUUUUGGGAUGGAUGGUUACCGUGGCAUCAGCCUGGCCAACUGGGUCUGUCUGACGAAAUGGGAGUCAGGAUACAGUACCUCAGCAAUCAACCACAACAGAGACAAAUCCACGGACUACGGCAUCUUCCAGAUCAACAGCCGCUGGUGGUGCAACGACACCCGGAUCAAAACAGCCAACGGAUGUCGGAUCAUGUGCAGCCAACUACUGACUGACGACGUGAGCGUGGCCAUCAGCUGUGCCAAACAAGUUGUCAGCGAUCCCCAAGGCAUCGCAGCCUGGGUGGGCUGGCGUGUGCACUGUAAGAACCAAGAUGUGACAAAAUAUUUGGACGGAUGCGGCCUGAAUUUGUCAUUUCUAUAAACCAGGAAGCUCUCAGUAACAUAAAGAAGAAACUGACUGCUGAUUAAAGAAAUUACAUCAAAGUUGUUUAAAUCUUCUUAUAAGAAUUACACAAAACACAAUCAGAAUAUUUACUGUGCUUAAAUAAAAUGUUGCUUUUUAUGAAGCUGUAUGAACUUUCAACUUAAUAUCUAGCAUAAUUGUUUUGUAAGUGUAAUCUUCUUGAAUGUAUUUUUUCUUCCUGCAUCUGUUUCUGAAUUUGAGGUACAGAUAUCUGUAUCUCAGCUCUACAAUUAAGAUGUCAUCACUUUAUUUCUGUUUAAUCAACUUGCCUGCAAUCAUUAGGAUGAAUUUCCUGUGUCAGUGCUCUGUUCAAUAAAAUAUAACAUAUC